UAACAAACCAACAAAAAUGACCAUUGGCCAAUCCAAAGCUUCAAACCUCAAAAUUCCCAAAUCCCAAAACAUCAUCAAACAAACAACAUAACCAAAAAUGCAGGCCUUGCACAGUAACAGUAGAGUGGUGGCACAACCAAUUUUUCAUUCCCAUUUUUGCCAUUUCACAAACAUUGUCUCUCAUAUUCCUCCCAAACAACACUACCCUUUUCCUCAAAUUUCAUGCCCAUCUCCUCUUUCUCUUAAAAAUCUGAACUUUUCUUACCCAAUUGAAAUUAGACCCACAAUCAAAGCUUUUUCUUCAUCAUCAUCAAUGGCUUCUUCUGCUCCUUCAUCUGCAGAAACCAAGCCUUUCUCUGUCCUCUUUGUUUGCUUGGGAAAUAUCUGUAGAAGCCCAGCUGCUGAAGGGGUUUUCAGAGACAUGGUUACAAAAAAAGGGCUUGACUCAAAUUUCAAUAUUGAUUCUGCUGGAACCAUUGAUUUUCAUGAGGGUAACCCAGCUGAUUCAAGAAUGAUAUCAACUGCAAAGAGGCGUGGAGUUGAAAUUACUUCAAUAUCAAGGCCAAUCCGCCCCUCUGAUUUUAGGGAUUUUGAUCUGAUUCUUGCCAUGGAUGAAUCAAAUAAAGCUAACAUUCUGAAGGCGCUUGAUGGAUGGAAACGGAGAGAAACUCUCCCUCCAGAUGCUGAUAAGAAGGUUAAGCUAAUGUGCUCUUAUUGCAAGAAACAUGAUGAAACAGAAGUUCCAGACCCCUAUUAUGGCGGACAACAAGGAUUUGAAAAGGUUUUGGACCUUCUCGAAGAUGCUUGUGAGUCCUUGCUAGAGACCAUACUGACAGAGAGCCAACAAACUUAGAUUUUUGUCAGUUAAGUCUGAUUAUACUUUGAUUUCAAGGGUCGAACCAUAUACUUGCUUCUUAUCACCCCCGCUCCAACUAAUAUGCAAGGAGUUUCUUGUCAGAGGGCUUUAUGUAUUGUAAUUUGUAGACUGUACAUGAAAAUAAGCUUGUUAUUAUUGGCCGGAUCUUCAGCUCAAUUGUUAAGACUUGAUUCUGCCAUAUCCUACAUGAAGUUUGUUGUAUAGUGAGUUGUGAUUUCGGUGUUCAUUGGCAUCAGCUGCACUUUCGAGAUCAAGCUAAUACAAUGUGGAACAAUUGCUAUUUUGAGAAGAACUAUAUUUUUCUUUCA